UCUACCUACGCAUUUAUCCACUGAAAGUUGAUUAAUUUUAUUUGCUGAAUUCAAGAGUGUUAUUGUAUUUUUGUCUCAUCAAUAUUCACACACAAUGGUUCUCUUUGUUUGUAAAUGUCUUAAUGUUUCGUUAGAAAGUGAUAAAGUAGAAGAUAAUGUUGAUCGUGAAAAAUUGGAGCUUACAUCUAGCGAACAAAGGGAUAUUUUUUUCAGUGAGAAACUCUUAUCGUCUCCUGCCAACAUAUUAAAAACUCAAAUAGAACAACAAAUUUUAGUUGGUACUAGUGUGGUGGGACGUUGGACUCUACAUACUUGCCUGGCCUGUGGAAUGACUGUGUAUGCUCUAUUGCAGGACAAUAGAGGAUCAUCUAUUGUAUUAAUUAACAAACAAAUGCAAACAACCCAUGAACAAGUAAACUCCCUUAAGAAAUCAAAUAAUUAUUCACCAGUCUUUAAUAUUUUGGUGCCAGAGUUAUCUAGUGAUAUUGAAAUGAAGGAGAAUAUGGAUACAAAUAAUUUUAUACUUAAUAAUAAGAAAAAUUGGCCAUUAAAUAACCAAGUCAUUAGUACUCUUAGUAAACAGCUUAAUCAAAGGCUCGAAUCACAGCUAGAGGCCAUCGAAGAUACUGUGAGACAGUUUCGAGAACAAAAGUACUCUGAAUUUGAAGCUUAUAAAGAAAGAGCUCAGAGGGAUCAUAAAACAUUGGCAAGCAUAAUCAAUAAAGCACGAAGUGACAGGGAAUGUGAAUGGAGAGUUGACACAAGCCUCGAUAAUGGCCCUCCUUCACCGCAACUACCUCCAUUGCAGAGAAGAAGACUAUCAUCUUUCAAAGAUGUCAAAAAAGCUCAGAAUAUUUUUAAGCCAAACAGAAACCCACCUCAAGAAGAUGACUCCUUGGAUAAUGAAGUUCUUUUUUAUUUGGAAGAUACGGAUUCGCGACACAACAUACCAUCAGAUCAAGAUGAUUAUGAGACUGAUGAAGAGAGCGCCGGCGAGGGCGUGCAGAUAACUCGGCCCCGCGGCGGAGGCGUUCCCGAGAUCGCUCGCUCUCUGCCCAUGAACAUGCCCAAGUUCCCCAAUGACAGAGCGGCACAAGAACAGGAUUACGCUGACGAUGAGGAGCCUCACGACAUAGCGGCCAGCAUGAAGGCGUUGGCGCGGUCGGUGCACGGCGACGCGUUCGAGCUGCCGCGGCCGCGCUUCUCCACGCAGAUAUAGCCGCGCCCCGCGACGCGAGGACUGUGUGCUUAGUGCGAGUCUCUUAACGUUCUCGAUAGCGUAAAAGUUAACUCAAUUUUGUAUGCAGUUGGAACAGCGCCCCUAGCGGCAAACGUACGCAAACAAUCCAUACAAAUAUGAGCUAACUUUUACGCUAUCGAGAACGUUAGAAAACUCGCACUAAGCACGCUGAACGCAAUCAUUUAGCUAACUCUUCUCUUGUGACGUCAUUGAAAAAAAUCACAUUUCAUUUUACCUAAACAGAUCACUUUCGCUGGACGGCUCGCAUCGGAGCCGGUCAUAGUUAGACUCCCCGCGCUUUAGGCAGCCAGACGAAUAUAUGGCGUUGUAUAGGAGCCCGCGCACAUAAGCAGCCCGGAACUCUUGGCUGCGACAGCCAAUAAAACGCGCCUGUUGCACGGCAGCCAGAGCGAGUGUUUGCGGAUGUAUGUGGCUGAUGUCAGUCCCCGCACACUUGCUGUAGCAGCUAAUGCAUAUUCGUUUUGCCAAAUAUUGAUUAUAUGACACAUUUUUUACGAGAUAAAGUCAAAAUCGCUCGACGAAAAGAACAUAAAUUGGCGUCGAUGGGCUGCUAUAACUGGCUCCUCAAAUAUUUCGGUUGCCGCAGUCAGGCUGCCUAGUGUGCGGGGAGUCUUAAUAAUGAUAAGUUAUAAAUAAUAAUUAUGUACUCGUAAUAUUGGCGUACAAUUCUGUUCGAAGCGAAACGUUACUUGUAAGUUUGAGUCCUUUAUACACGUGUUAUAAAUUAGGCAUCUCAUCGAGUUGUGCAUGUGACGGUGUGCUGUGUGUUUGAGUUUUACAGUUUGGACACUUCCGACACAUUGGUGCUUAUAAAAUGUGAUCACGGUGGCCCUAACAAGAGUACAGUAGACAAUAGUUCAAAGACAGCUAUCAAGCUAAUUUUAGUUAUAUACGGGGCUGAUUCGUUCACCGACAUGGCAACGAUAUAUCGCGCCGAUACAUACUCACCGAUAUUAAGGACUAUUAUAAAAUUGUUUAUAGGGAACUAUGACAAUGACAUUAUCACUGACGGACUGAUCAUAUCGAUAAAAUAAAUGUUGAUAUUCGUCGCCGACAACCUGUCUGUGAAUCUAUAUCGGAUCCGAUAAAUCGUUGAUGUUGAUAAAUAAGCUCUUGAACCUUGUAACGUUAAAAUAAAAUAAGAAAGAGGCUAUACAAUUACAAUUGCGUAUUUACUCUGAGCAGUCCGUGAAGUGUCAGGAUAAAAUUAAUACGAUUAAUUGUUACAUUAAAAUUUGACUGAUUUGUAUGAAUUUUACUUAAUUAUAUUGAAUGAAAACUUUAUUAUUAUUAUUAUUUUUCUUAAAUACUUUAAUAUAACAUAUAUGUUGAGUAUGCACAUUAUAGAUGACUAUCCAUUUUUAUACAAAUAUUGCCCUAGAUUUGGCUCCGAACGUUCCUAUAUAGAGAGCAUCGGAUGAUGUCGGUGUAAAAUGUCAAUUAAACCAUGUAUUUUUUUUCUUCAGUUGCAAUUUUUUUAUUAUUAUAUGUAUAGUAUAACCAUUGCCAUAAAUUUAAUAUUAUUAUGUGCUGUUCAAUACUGCUGGGAUGGUGCUGAGUGCGUGGAAAUAUUUGAAUCGGAAACAAUUUGUUAAUUCUGUGUAAAUAAUAUUCUAAAAAUGACAUACUUAUUAUACAACAUAAUUACAAUUGUUUUUAACAACUAAGUCAUAUUAUCUCUGUUUAUAGGCUACUUUAAACUGGUGUUAUCUUAAUGAUAAGCGAAAAAGUGUACAAAAAUAUGAAUACUGCAUUUCUAACUAGUCUUUUAGGGUCACGAAUUAAUUGACAUCCUUAUUUUUUUUUUAAUUUGAUAAUUUAUGUAGACUAUACGAUCGGAUUAUCAUGAAAAGCAAAAUCAUAUUAAUGUGUACAUAGUUUGUAACGUUUGUUAUUGCUUUCGACGAAGACGAAUAGAGUUUUUGGAGAACAUUUAUUUUUAUAUCCAGUUUAUUCAGAAUGUUUAUGUGAUUGGAUAAAGAUCGGUCAGGAGCGGCGUGCGGAAGUUGUGGUUCGUUCAUUGUUUUACGUAUUUUCAAUUUAUUAUUACUAUAUAAGUGUAGUAGUUUAUAGAUUACUUUUUGUGACGGAUAUUUUUUCUGUAGUCAAACAGGAAUCUGUAAUUUUCAGUGUCUUCCAACACUGUUCUUGUACAAGAAGGGUGUACCAGUUUGUCAUGUGAUUUAAAUCUUUUCAGUUAGUUGUUAAAUUUAGUUUGAAAUUAUUAAUUUUGUUUAAAUUGGUGUGACGAUAUUGAAAUGGACUUGAAUGUAUUGAUUACUGAACAUGUCAUAAAUUUUAAAUAUAGAGAUUGAAAAUUUA